AUGGGUAUAAUGGAUCCGAGUGUCAAACAACAGAAAGAGGAGAGAGAUAGAGAUGUUUUAGCGUUCUUCGAAGACACUGUCGCCAGAGAUGUGGAUGGACGCUACGAGGUAAAACUACCUUGGAUUGAAGACCACCCCCCUCUGGAUACGAACCGUGAAGUAGCCAAUAAACGUCUGUUGUCAACAACACUAUUGAAGGAUUGGUUGACCAAAGGCAUCAUUGAGCGAGUGACAGAUGAAAACAUUUCACAGCCAUUGAAAAGUCACUAUUUACCACACCGGGCUGUUGUCAAGGAGGGAAGCACCACGAGGAUCAGACCUGUCUUUGACGCUUCCGCUAAAGACAUAAAUGGAUAUUCUGUUAAUGGAUGUCUUGAGUCUGGACCUAACUUGAUAGAGUUAAUACCUAAGCUAGGAGGCUUUAACCUAAGGGGUUGGGCUGGUAACGGUUACUUUAAAACUCCUGAACAAGUUGAGAACGUCUUGGGACUUAGAUGGUUAUGCUCUAAAGAUGAACUGUACUGUAAUGUUCAACCUUUGAAUAUCAAGGACUCAGUACUUACCAGAAGGACAUUGCUAUCAUGUGCUCAAAAGGUUUUCGAUCCUAUUGGUUUUACUGCUCCGGUUGGACUGAUUCCCAAAAUUAUUUUGCAAAUGACUUGGACGUUGAAGGUAGGUUGGGAUGAAGAACUACCUCAAAACCUACAGGUACAGUUUCAAAAAUGGGUCGAGGAACUAGGCUGUCUGGAAAGGUGUGUAUUGAGUAGGAGAAUAUUUUUGAAUGCUUCAAGUACAGUACAUGUUUUUUGUGAUGCCAGUAAAGCUGCUUUUGGAUGUUGUAUAUUCUUAAGAACCGAAGUAGAUGGUAUCAUUGACAUAAAUCUUAUAUUAGCCAAAUCACGAGUUGCACCAAUCAAACCAAUUACUUUACCUCGUCUUGAGUUAAUGGGUGCAAUUACUGGUGUGAGACUCUCAUGUCUAGCUUUACAGUGUCUCAACAACCCCGAAGUCCCAGUUUAUUAUUGGCUGGACUCCACCGUAGUUCUAGCAUGGAUUGCAAAGCAAGGGAAGUGGUCUGUUUUUGUUGAAAACCGAGUGAAAGAAAUUAACAGAUUGACCCAACUUUCACAGUGGAGACAUGUUUCAGGACCUGACAACCCUGCUGACAUUCUUUCCAGAGGAUGCACUCCGAUAGUAAGAACUAUAGCGUGGAUCUUGAGAAUGUCUCCCAAGAAUAAAUUGAACUUAGGAAAUAACAUCAGUUCUGAAGAAUUCUUGAAGGCAGAAAAGAUUGUAUUUAAAUUGAUUCAAAGAGAGAGCUUUCAUGAAGGUCUAAAAUCUCAAGAGCUAAGUGGUGUACAAAAAUUUGUGGAUGAAGAUGGCGUCAUAAGAAUGAAAACCAGAGUAUCAGAUUGGGAGGAAGGUUUUGAAUACCAGUACCCUGCCAUUCUACCUAGCAAACACCCUGUUGUUGAGAAAAUGAUCAGGCAGUACCAUUUACAGAAUAAACAUGCAGGAGUACAAGCGUUGAUUGUCAUCCUUCGUGACAGAGUGUGGAUCCUAAAAGGCAGAAGGGCUGUUGGAAAGGUAGUUCACAACUGUGUUCGAUGCAAGCGACACAUAGCAAAAGCCUUAGAGAUGCCAUCACCUCCCUUACCCACAGACCGCACUCAGAUUUCUUCAUGUUUUCAAGUAUGUGGGAUUGACUUGGCUGGUCCAUUGAUCACUAAAGAUAAUCAGAAGUGUUGGGUGGUAAUAUUUACAUGUGCCGCGUAUCGUGCAGUCCACUUAGAAGUCAUACAAUCCCUCAACACAGAAGCAUUCAUAAGAGCCUUACGACGGUUUAUAGCUAGACGAGGCCGGAUAAGUGUUAUCUAUUCAGAUAAUGGCACAAAUUUUGUUAGUUUAAACAAGAAUCUGAAGUCUCUGAACUGGACUGAAAUCCAAAAUACAUUCAGCCUCAAUGCAAUUGUGUGGAAGUUCAUUCCCCCUGCAAGUCCUUGGUGGGGAGGAUUUUGGGAAAGACUGAUAAGGAUCCUAAAAGGACUCCUCCGGAGGAAUUUGGGAAAUUCGUCUCUCACAUACGAAGAAAUAAACACCCUAGUAUGUGAAUGUGAGGGAAUAAUGAACAGAAGACCACUAACAUACGUCUCAGAGGAGACGGGAGACUUAAGACCUCUGACUCCAUCUAUGUUUCUACAAAGCAUUGUGGGAAAUGAAGUCACGGACUUGGACAUCCUAGAGAGAACCAGUUUGAAAACAAGAUGGAGAUAUAUUCAAAGUCUAAGAGACAAUAUGAACUCCCGUUUCAAAAAGGAGUAUUUGGGGUUCCUGAAAUCGACCAACAAGUUAAAAUACGACGAUAUUAAAGUUGGAGACGUGGUAUUGGUUCGAAUUGAAGACAGAAGAAGAAUUACUUGGCCUUUGGGUAUUGUAAUAAAACUGUUCCCAGGGAAAGACGGCAAAGUUCGGUUGGUACAAGUAAAAACUAAAAAGGGUUUAAUACUAAGACCCAUACAACGACUGUACCCACUGGAAGUUACCGGAGAAGGACUGAAUGAAGACUUCUUAUUUUGCGACCUCGCAAAAAAAGGGGGAGUGUGUUAUAAAAUGUAA